UGCUACCGUCGUGGUCUUCAGGCUUGGAGGAAGAAAUAAGUUGUCGCGUCGUCGUCGUCGUCGGGUUUGGAACAAGGAAGAGCUCUGCAUCAUCGUCUUCGGGUCUGGAAGAACUGCAGUGCCUCAUUUGGACUCUCCGAUUCGUUCGUCAAUCUGAGUCGAAGGUCCCAGUCCCCAUCACCAAGACUCAAGGUUGCCACCUCACAUGAUGAAGACGACGGAAGGGAGGCUGGUCACUUGAAGACAAAGGGAGGGGGAAUUGUGCUGAAGGACUUAAAGGGGUUGGAAUCUAGAAAAAAAAAAUGUGAAACGGAUUAAAACAAAACGCCCCGUUUCGUUUUCCACGGCGGCAACGGUUCCCCCGCGGUUUCCCCUUCCGGUUGCUUCCAGCUUUUUUCCAAAAUAAAAUACCCAAUUACCGCUUCAGCGAAACCACCGAAUACACUUGCACUCUUCUGCGCCACACCUCCCUUGCACUCCACACCGCCGCACAUCCCCAGCCCGGCGAAACUCCCCUGUCUGUCGCAGCCCUCCUGCCCCGCGAAACUCCAGCUCGUCCGAUAUAGUGUUUGCGAGUGAUCAAAAACCGCAUAUUCCUUCUUUGUUUCAGUUCCGCUUUACUCUCAAAGCCCCAAACGGGCAACUCAUUUUUUUUUUUUUUUCAAUCAAAUCUCGUCAGUCUUUACAAGAUCAGCAGUACGAGGAGCUGGUACUUGAGAUAUGAUGAUAGUUGUACUGGCAUUGAUUCUGGGGGUCUUGUUGGUAUUUCUGUUUUUGAUCCCACGAGACCGUAAAUCUGGCAGUACGAAAAAGGUUGAGUCAAAUGCUAGCAAUAAGAAGGCAUCCAACAUCUACAGUAAAUCUGACGUCGCGUUGCAUAACAAGAAAACUGAUUGCUGGAUCAUCAUCAAGGACAAGGUUUAUGAUGUUACCUCAUACGUAGAGGAACAUCCAGGUGGUGAUGCCAUCUUAGCACAUGCCGGUGAUGAUUCAACUGAAGGUUUUUAUGGGCCACAGCAUGCUACCCGAGUAUUUGACAUGAUCGAUGAUUUUUACGUUGGAGAUCUGGAGCGGUAAUCAAUCACAGCCAUCAGUUUGUGAUUUACAAGAAAAAUGUGCUUCCGAAAACAUCAUUGUUCUGUUCCCCAUUCCUGCCUUAUGGAUGACUUCUACAUUGGAGAUCUGUAGCGGUAAUUGAUUACAGCCAUCAGCCUGUAAAAUGGACAAGAGAGACGGUUUCUACUUUCAUUUAUGACCAAAAACUGGAGAUGUUUUAGUAAUUAAUUACAGCCAUUGAUUGGUAAGUUUGACAAGAUAAACGUACCUUCCAAAUAUGAUUCCUCUUGAUUUUCCUGCCUUAAACGCAAGAGUCUUGUAUUGAGUAAAUGCUCCAUCAAUUGCUUAGAUGACCUGAGCCAUCUAAUAAAAGUCUUAACCAAUGUUGUCGUUCCACUUCA